AUGACCACCAUAGGCUAUGGCGAUGUGGUCCCGCAGACCUGGCUCGGCAGGAUCGUCGCCUCUUGCUUUUCGAUCUUUGCUAUCAGCUUUUUCGCUUUACCGGCGGGUAUCCUCGGCUCGGGAUUCGCGCUGAAGGUGCAACAAAAGCAGCGCCAGAAACACUUCAAUCGUCAGAUUCCUGCUGCUGCCACGCUGAUUCAGUGCUUGUGGAGAUGUCAUGCGGCCGACAAGAACAUCGCUGCCACCUGGCGAGUGCAUGUCGAUCCGUUGGCUGGUGAAACAAGCGAGCAGCAUCGGAAGCAGAACGGCACGACCAAUGAGGACGCCGUCAGUUACAAGAGAAGACUCUUCAAGAAGCAGUACUCCAAAUCAAGCUUGCUUAACAGCUCGAAGAAAAGCCGCCCCAGCGCUGCAAGCGUAGACUUGGAAAUGGGCGAAAGAAAAAAGGACAAGGACAGGAACAGUGACGUGGAGGACGAUCGCGUAUUUGGCACAGCCUCAGAAACGCGGAUUGGAUGCACUCGAGCAGGAGGAGAAUGA